GGCUUCAAGGUGAUCCUGGGGCGCCCGUUUCUGACUAUCGACAGAGGAACCCGUUCACGAAAAUGCCGCCGAAACACGGGAAAAAGAUUGCCAAUCCCAGGACUGACAGCAGGUGUGAUUUGGUGGGAAAAUUCAAAACAUCGAUGAAGCGUUUCGUCCAAGAGGUAGAAAUAGGUAAUGCGAAGUGCUCCUAGGCCAUCCAACAAUGUUCUCUUACAUUCUCCCUAUUCUCACCGCAGACAAUACGAGGGAGGGGGCCGUCCAAACAAACGACAGGCUGCGACUAGUAGCUGGUAAAGUGAGCGUGUCUUAUAACACUGUGAAGGGUGCUCUGACUGGACUGCACGAGAAGUACGAAUCUUCGAAGGUGGAGAGAAACGUGUUCAGGCGGUAUGCACUUCUCAAAGGAAUCGUCAAGGAAGUCAUCCAACUAGACGCCCAAUACUGGCUCCUGCUAGACGUCCCCAAACAAGACAAGCAAGAACAGGUAAAUGUGUAUGUUCUGAGAGCAUGCGCAGUGUUGGAGAAAGCAUCUGAUACUCGACCUCAGGGUGAAAGUUCGAAGAGCCAAGCUGCCCAACAAGCGGAAGAGGAAGCGAGGGAGAAGGAGAGGAAAGCUAAACUAGAAGUUGCCACGGUGCAACAGAUAGAGGAAGAAAACACUCUGCUCAUUAACGAUCUUUACCGACUUUUAAAGAAGUAUGCCAACUUAAGGCAAGUGGUUCAUACACUUCACCUAUCGUACCGUGCAGCGCGCAUGUACCCAAUCUUCCCUCGGUACAACAUGUUGAAAGACAUGAUCAAGAGUGUCAUGCGAGAUCCCAGCUAUAUGGAAGUGUGUCACGAAGAGAGCUAAAAGCUCUCUCCUUCUGCUUCCCCUCUCCCUCCUCUUCUCUCGCUCUAAUGGCGCCAACAAAAAAAUAAUAAUUCUGAGCGUGGAUGCUCAGGUGGUCAGUCGCAAGUAAACUGAAUGUUCCUGUGUCACCAAAAUUAUUAAAGAUUGAAUAACAUUCGGAAAUACUUCUUAACGUUUUUGGACGUGAAAUAGGAAAGAUAAAUAAUAAAUAAAAAGCGUUCCUACGAAACGAAAGGUGACGUCUGUGAGACCGUAUAACGUUUUAACCAAUUAUUACUUAGUAGUUUAAAUUCUUGAAUGUAAAUAUUGUUCCACACUAUAUUUAGCAUCUUCUCCUGUUUUUAUUUACAUGUUAUGUUCUGAUUCGGAUGAUGUAAUCUAUGUUUGAUCUCAAAACAAAGUAGAGCUGUUUACCUCUUUUUAAAGUAUCGAGAAAAAAUAUUUCGAACAUAGAAUUAAAAAUUAAGAAUUUAUUUUUUCUAAAUCAUCUUAUUCUUUU